AUGGCCGGGGAAAGGGCUCCGGGGAGCCGCCGGAAACUGCUCACGAUUUCUUUGGGCAACAAAAUGACAGUCGACAAGCUUCCACUGCAUUUCUUUACAACUGCCACAUGGUUUUCUUUGCAGAUCAAGGACCUUGAAGUCCUCAACUGUGAAUAUGGCAAGAAUACAAUUAAGUUCCUUCGCCUUCAUAGAGAGGGAAAGAAGCAUUUUGUUAAAGAAGUGGAAGUGUGUACACAUCUCCGGCUGACUUCUCCUCAGGAGUACCUGGAAGGAAACAAUUCUCUUGUGAUACCUACAGACACCAUAAAGAAUAUUGUCCUCGUGUUGGCCAAAAAAAAUGGGAUCCCAAGUUUAGAAGAGUUUGCUAUAGAUAUCUGCAAUCACUUCAUGACAACAUUUUGCCAAGUGGCAUACGUCAAAACCUACGUUCAAGAAGUACCAUGGCAACGUCUGCACGAGGAUGGCGUUCCCCACAUCCACUCAUUCAUAUGUGUUCCUGAUGGGAUCCGCUUCUGUGAAGCUGAGCAGUGCCGGAAUGGUCCUCUGAUUGUCUUUGCUGGAAUUAAGGACUUGAAACUUAUGAAGACAACACAGUCUGGAUUUGAAGGCUUCUAUAAGAAUGAACAUACCACACUUCCUGAAAGGCAUGACAGGAUUCUAUGUGGAGAGCUCUUCUGCAAAUGGUCAUACGGCGAAUGCAAGGAUUUUGACUUUAACUGCAUAUGGAAGAAAAUCCGUGAAUGUAUCCUUGAAGCCUUUGCCGGACCACCUGACUGUGGGGAAUAUUCACCCUCUUACCAGAAAACUGUCAACUGUAUCCAGAUGCUUGUCCUUUCCAGGGUGUCACAGGUACAGGUCAUAGAAGUCGUCUUGAACAACACUUUUUAUAAUGUUGUAGACAUGAAGAAUCUAGGCUUGACCAAUGACAAAGAAGUUUUGGUUCCAGUGGAAGCUCCUUAUGGCUCCUGCGCUUGCACACUUGGCCGGAAGAAGUUUUUUGAAGCACAAGGCCACAUGCUGAGAGAUGACAGGAAAUGUCAGUUUGGACUGGCAGCUGCCCAGGGAAACUAA